AUGAACCCUUACGUACUCGCAAUUCUACUAUCCAGCCUAGGAUUAGGAACUACCCUAACCUUUGCUAGCUCCCACUGAUUACUAGCUUGAAUAGGACUGGAAAUCAAUACCUUAGCAAUCAUUCCACUAAUAGCCCAACACCACCACCCUCGUGCAGUAGAAGCUACCACAAAAUAUUUUUUAACUCAAGCCACUGCAGCAGCAAUAAUCAUAUUCGCAAGUACAACAAAUGCCUGAAUUACAGGAGAGUGAGAUAUAAAUAAUAUAUCAAACCCCCUUGCUAGCACAAUAAUCAUCAUUGCUUUAGCACUUAAAAUUGGACUAGCACCAAUACAUUUCUGAAUGCCAGAAGUUUUACAAGGACUAGACCUUCUAACAGGAUUAAUCUUAUCAACCUGACAAAAACUUGCCCCAUUUGCCCUAAUUAUCCAAACAGCCCAAGCCAUCGACCCAAUACUACUAACCGCCUUAGGAGUCACAUCCACAUUAGUUGGGGGAUGAGGCGGACUAAAUCAAACCCAGCUACGAAAAAUCCUAGCCUACUCCUCAAUUGCACACAUGGGCUGAAUAAUUAUUAUUCUUCAAUACGCCCCACAACUUACCCUAGUCGCCCUAGGAACAUAUAUUUUCAUAACAUCCGCAGCAUUCCUUACCCUAAAAACAUCGUCCGCCACAAAAAUCAACACUCUUACAAUAACCUGAUCAAAAAGCCCAACCCUAACAGCAACCACAGCCCUACUACUACUUUCACUAGGAGGCUUACCGCCAUUAACAGGAUUUAUACCAAAAUGACUAAUUCUACAAGAAUUAGCAAAACAAAGUCUCCCCAUCACCGCUACAAUCAUAGCCCUAGCUGCUUUGUUAAGCUUAUACUUCUACCUCCGCCUCUGCUACGCAAUAACAUUAACAAUUUCCCCCAACACAACCAACUCAAUCGCCCCUUGACGAACCCAAACAACUCAAUCCUCCCUCCCAUUAGCCCUGUCUACUUCAAUCGCCCUAGGACUUCUACCUAUAACCCCAGCCAUCCUAAUACUAACCACCU